AGCCUGAAGUCUAGAAGAAAUAAGAGAGUUGAGUCAUAACAAAGUCCAAAGCCCUUGUUUACGUUGUAUACCUCCACUCCGCACCGCAGCCUCUCCGUCGCACUUGAACAGUGUUAAACCUCGAUUCCUCCUCUAAGCUACUGGCCCUGAUUCCCAUCGCCAUCUCUCAGGUUUCACCUCAGAUAAGGAUUAAAUCAUUUCUUCGUUGAUUGGUCAAUGGAAACGGGUGGAAAUUCUUUACCAUCUGGUCCUGAUGGGGUGAAGAGGAAAGUUAGUUAUUUCUAUGACCCAGAGGUCGGCAAUUACUAUUACGGGCAAGGUCAUCCAAUGAAGCCACACAGGAUUCGGAUGACACACGCCCUUCUUGCACACUAUGGAUUGCUGCAGCAUAUGCACGUCCUUAAGCCCAAUCCUGCCAGAGACAAAGAUCUCUGCAGAUUUCAUGCAGAUGAUUAUGUUGCUUUUUUGAGGAGCAUCACCCCAGAGACACAGCAGGAACAGCUCAGGCAGCUGAAAAGAUUUAAUGUUGGUGAAGACUGUCCUGUAUUUGAUGGUCUCUACUCCUUUUGUCAAACUUAUGCUGGUGGCUCUGUUGGUGGGGCAGUGAAGUUAAAUCAUGGACAUUGUGACAUAGCAGUAAAUUGGGCUGGUGGGUUACAUCAUGCAAAGAAAUGCGAGGCUUCUGGUUUUUGCUAUGUGAAUGAUAUAGUGCUGGCUAUCUUGGAACUGCUGAAAGUGCAUGAGCGUGUUUUAUAUGUGGACAUUGACAUUCAUCAUGGAGAUGGUGUAGAGGAAGCAUUUUACACCACGGACAGGGUCAUGACUGUUUCUUUUCAUAAAUUUGGAGAUUAUUUUCCUGGUACAGGUGAUAUACGUGACAUUGGAUAUGGAAAGGGGAAAUAUUACUCUCUUAAUGUUCCCUUGGAUGAUGGAAUUGAUGAUGAAAGUUAUCAGUCUCUGUUUAAGCCAAUAAUGGGCAAAGUGAUGGAGGUUUUCAGACCUGGUGCUGUAGUAUUACAAUGUGGUGCAGAUUCUCUGUCAGGAGAUCGGCUGGGGUGCUUUAAUCUCUCCAUUAAAGGUCAUGCAGAGUGCGUUAAAUUUAUGAGAUCUUUUAAUGUGCCACUAUUAUUGUUGGGUGGAGGUGGUUACACGAUACGAAAUGUUGCUCGUUGCUGGUGUUAUGAGACAGGCGUAGCACUUGGGAUUGAACUUGAUGACAAGAUGCCACAACAUGAAUAUUAUGAGUACUUCGGCCCGGAUUAUACUCUGCAUGUUGCUCCCAGUAACAUGGAAAAUAAGAAUUCUCGUCAUUUGUUGGAAGAAAUCAGGUCCAAGCUUCUUGAUAAUCUUUCAAAGCUUCAACACGCACCCAGUGUCCAGUUCCAGGAGCGACCACCAGAUACUGAACUACCAGAGAUGGAAGAAGAUCAUGAUGGAGAGGAUGAAAGAUUUGAUCCUGAUUCUGAUAUGGAUGUUGAUGAUGAACGCAAGCCUUUGCCGAGCAGAGUGAAGAGUGAAUUUCCUGAACCCGAAGCAAAAGACAUGGAUGAUAUCAGAGAAAACGAGCACAAUAGGGAACUGGAUCUGAAAUGCUCUGAACCCCUUGCCUAAAGAUACAGCUCAAUGUUCCAUAUCGUAAGUAAGUCAAUACGGUGUAAACAUUGAAAAUUAAAUGCUUACCAGGUAAAAGUUUUAAUUUCAGUAAUGCGGGAAGCAUGCCAGUGAUUGGUACAUGAUUUGCAUGGUAAACUCUGUAACCUAGAACCACUUGUAAAUUAUGCAAAUCUUAGCAAGCCUCUUGAUGUCAACUGGCGCAAGUGUGCAAAGUUGUGUGUGGUUGAGAAGAAACUUAUCAGGAACUUAAGUAUACGUUCUACUUUUCUUC